UCAGCUGAUGGUGACGCAGCGCGCGCUGUAAGAGGGGAGGCACGAUCGCAGGACAGAUAUAGAAGCGGGAAUAAUAACCCGUACGGUUCAGUAAGUGACACACGGCGAGCUGAGAGGAAGUGAGAGAAAAUAACGGAAUCGUGUGAGAGACAUCCGUUAUAGUCCACCGGGCUUCGCGAAGGUUCCGUCACUGUGGCACGAGCUGUCAAGCAGCGCAUUCCAGCGGCUGCCUAGGAAACAUAAUUCAGCCUUGUUUAUUUAGAGAGCGGCCCAGGAGAGAGAGAGAGAAAAAGAGAGAGAGAGAGAGAGAGAGAGAGAGAGAGCAGCGAAGCGCCGGUCCUCCCUGGUGGACACUUCUAAAAAAGUGGGUGCAGUGAGGCUGGGAAGACAUGGUGGAUUACUAUGACAUUCUGGGAGUGUCACGCAGCGCCUCGCCAGAUGAUAUCAAAAAAGCAUACAGAAAGCAGGCCUUGCGAUGGCACCCAGACAAGAAUCCAGACAACAAGGAGGAGGCAGAGAGAAAAUUCAAGGAAAUUGCAGAGGCCUAUGAAGUCCUGUCAGACAAAAGCAAACGAGAAGCAUAUGAUGCUUAUGGGAAAGGUGGCAUGCCAAGCUCAGGCUCUAGUGGUGGUUCUUUUCCCGAUGACUUCCCGGGAUUCACCUUUACAUUCCGCAGCCCAGACGAGGUGUUUCGGGAGUUCUUCGGAGGGCAGGACCCAUUUGCUGAUUUAUUUGACGAUUUCUCGUUUGGGGGCAUACACAGUGGGAUGCACAGUGCUUUUCAUGGACACCAUGGCCCUUCCAGACUUGGGACCAGCCGUUUCUUCUCGUUUCCCUCAGCAGAUGUUGACUUCACCACCUUCUCUUCUUCCUCACUGGGAGGCUUUGGCACUGGAGGGGGGAAUUUUAAAUCUGUAUCCACUUCCACGCGAAUUGUCAACGGGAAACGUACCACGACAAAAAAGAUCAGAGAGAAUGGGCAGGAGAGAACAGAGAUUGAGGAAGAUGGGGUUCUGAAGUCUGUCCUAAUCAAUGGUGUAGCAGAUGAGAUGGCUUUAGCUCUGGAACUCAGCCGCAGGGAGCAGUCUACUCAACCUCAGCGAACAGAACAGAAUCAGCUCCCUGCCAACGCUGCCCACUCCAAUCUGGCCAAUCACAACCCUCGAAACAGCACCCAGCGAUCCUUCAGCUCCACCCCUUUCUUCAGUUACCCCAGCGACAAUGACGAGGAGGACGAAGACCUGCAGAUGGCACUGGCGUACAGCCUGUCCGAGAUGGAGGCCCAGCAGCGGGCAGCCACCUCCACCCAGGACAUGAUCUCAGGUGCCAGGGGAGGGCGGGUCAAGCAGCAGAAAUGGAAAGAUGCUAAUCAUGAGCCCAAAUCAGUAAGGGAGGGGAUACAUGAAUCAGCACAUGAAUCAGUACAAAUCACCAGUUCAUCUUUAGAGGAAAAAGGAACAGGGAAGGGAAGAGGGGGAUUAGAAAAGAGUGCCAGCCCAGAGGCAGUUCUUUUAGAGGAUAGGAAGGGAGACGGACGAGUUGCCAAUGGUACUACUGUGAUGAAAAGUAAGAGGAAGUGUCAGUGUUUGGUGUGUUGAGUUGGAGUUUGAUAUAAUCCUGAGACCUGUAACAGGUGGAGGACACACUUCAACACUGCUGCAUGAUAUUAUUAAAAUUAACCCUGUUUAUGGCUGCUGUCUUGACCUUAAACUUAUCUGAAGUUUUGUGAAGUGUGUUAAAAGAGAAAUCUUAUAAAGCCUGUUUGUCACAAAGGUUAACAGGAAUGGUGCCAAUUUAUAACUAAGAUAGUUCUGCUAAAUUAUUGGCUUUAUGCAAAGACGUUAAUGCUUCAGAAAGCUGAAGCAGUGUAAUAACAAAUCAUAUAUCUAUACACUAGCAUUUGUUUCAUACUAAGUCAGGUUUGGUAGAUAAUUUGUUUGGUUUGUUUAUUGUUGGUUUAUUUUGUCUUUUAUAUCUGUUAUAAUGUUGAAACUGGCACAAUGCUGAACAAUCACGUUGGCUUAAAGUACUGAUCAUUUGUAUUAUUCAGAUUAUGACCUAAAAUGGAUCGGUGUCAUCAAUCAUACAUAAACAGCAGUUUUCUUUGCAUCUGACAUACUAUGUCUAUUAAAGGGAGAGUUAGUUGAUUUUAAGCACUAUUUAACGUUCUUUUCAAAGGAUAGUUUUCAAUGCAAAGAGGAAAUUUCUCAAGCAGUGCAUAAUUUUUCACAAUGAGUGUUUAUGAAUGUAUGCUCACCAGUGCAAAAACAGAAGGAUUCUGCUGUGUCUAAGGAUGUGCUGUAAUGCUAUGCCUCUUACACUUAAUGUUAUUCAUCAUAAUGAUGCAAUAAAUUACCCCCUCUUGUACUCUAACUGCAAUCAAACCUUAGGGAAACUAACCAGCACUUAAUUCAAGUGCAGUGAAUGUCUGUUUAUGAUAAACACUGGAACAGGGGAUUUUGAUAAUGAAUGUGUUGUAGAAUGUAGUCGGCGUGUAUCCGAAGGAAUCAUAUGUUGGUGAUGUUCAGUGCCUUGAGAAUGUUAUAUUUGAUUUGCCAAUUAUUGUCAGUGUUGCCAAUGAUGGGAGAUAUGUCCUGUUUGUCACCUGCUUAUCCAUUUUUCAUUACAUAAAAGGUCGGUAGAUAUGAAGUGUUGGUAGUGCCAGCAAGUUUUUAUACCCAGCUGUCAGAUUAAGGGAAAAUCAGUUUUUUUCGGCAGAAUGUAAAAGAAACAAAGCCACAAAUCUAUAAAGAAGCACAUGAUUUUUUCACAGGUACAGAAUAUUGCAGUAUUAAGAGCUCCUUUUUAUAUGAGUGACAAUGUCUGUUUUAUUGAUGAAUAUCAUGUGAACGUCUUGGAAUGGAAAGAUGAAAGGUAUUCAGGGGUCUGGUAUAAAUCUAAAUAUAAUAUUUGCAUUUUAUUUUUACACUUGUGCAUAAUCAUUUUUGGUUCACCUGGAUUUGUCAGCACUAAAAGAAAGAACAAUAAACCUCAGAGAACAAAUUUUUGUAUGAAAUGAAAUGUGCAAUAUUUUGGUCACUGCUUUCUCUCAUGCUCUCACUUUAUUAUAACUCUAAAUUCA